GUGUGCACGUGCAGGUCCGCGAUGGGGCGCGCACGUCACGACACUGAAUCUCAGUCAGAUGUAGGGUAGCGGGACAGCCACGCAAUAUUACCUACCAGAAGCAGGGUUAGGUUCACCCCAGUUUACCACCAAGUGGGGAGGACUUUAGCCCUGUGAGGAGGCCUAGUUGGGUGGGUGGCAUGAUGAGUGGGAAGAACCUGCUGCUUAAGGUAAUCCUACUGGGAGAUGGUGGAGUGGGCAAGUCCUCCUUGAUGAACCGCUAUGUCACAGACCGGUUUGACUCCCAGUCUUUCCACACCAUCGGCGUGGAGUUCCUUAAUCGGGACUUGGAAGUGGAUGGACGCCUUGUCACUCUUCAAAUAUGGGACACAGCCGGUCAGGAGCGCUUCAAGUCACUACGUACACCUUUCUACCGAGGCGCCGACUGCUGCCUGCUCACAUUUGCCGUGAACAACCUGCAGAGCUUUCAGAACCUGGGCAGCUGGAAGAAGGAGUUCAUGUACUACUCUGACGUCAAAGACCCCGAGCGGUUCCCUUUUGUGGUACUGGGCAACAAGAUAGACAUGGAGCAGAGGGAGGUUGGGGAGGAUGAAGCGCGGGCCUGGUGUGAAGAGAACGGCUGCUGCCCUUACUUUGAGACCAGUGCUAAAGAUGACACUAAUGUCACCGCUGCGUUUGAGGCAGCUGUCAGGGAGGUUCUGGCUGCUGAGGACCAGAUUGAUCAUGCGCUCUUGAGUAGUACUAUUGAUCUCCAUGGAAACCGCAAAACCUCCCGAAGAUCUUGUUGCUGAUUGGAUAGGUGUGAAUCCACCCUGUUUUAAUCCCUCUGGCUGAAACUUGCCUGUGAUAGUUUUAAGAGCCAGUCAUAUAUUGUUUAUGGUACGUGUACUGUUGGUACAAGGUACUGAGUGCAGUAUUCCCUGAAGAUAAUAUGAAUAGGAUACACCUGCUCUGAGGAGGCGUAUCAAGGAUUUAGCUGGUUUCUAGAAUGUUGAAUUAUUGCUCCUACAAAGGUACCGGCACACUUACAAGCUGUGCUGCCAGUAGUAUGGUACAAACCAUUGUUUCCAGCUUGUGCAGGGACUAUAGCAUCUAGUGCAUUUAAGGGAUUAACUUUAAUCAAAAUAAUAUAAUUUGGAAUUAAUGCAUUUGAACAAAGAAUAUACCAAUCCACCUUUGAAGAGCACUCCUUUUUUUGCUCUGUAAAGCUGUGUUUCCACCAUAGGAACUUUCCUAAGGGACUAGGAGCCUUUGAAAGGACUCUGUAUGUUUCCAUCAAAGGGACAAAGGUCUAAAGAUUAAAUUCUCUGGGAAAUGUUUACCUCCAAAAA